AUGUCUACUGCGACUACGAGGAAGAGUGCAAGGCGAAAGGGGUUGCGGUCUAUUGCGAGCACUUUGCGCGAGCGAAUUGAUGUCAUAGUUAAGGACUUUUCGGAGGAGAAACGAGCAGAAAUUAUUUCUUUACAGACCACUUUAAUUGACACUGUUAAACAGUUAAAGGAGUUAGAUGAAGAGCUAUACGGUGUUUUAUCAGGUGAAGAGAUCGAAACCGACGUUAUGGAGGCUACAGAAUUUUAUCUAUUAGUGAACAUGAGUCUCGCGACUAUUACUACCGCUACCGGACCACAUGUUUCAGCCACAGAAUCGACACGGUCUGUUGAAAAGAAAUCGAUGAGACUACCCAAAAUAGAACUGAGCAAAUUUAAUGGGAACCCUUUGAAUUGGCCCUCGUUUUGGGACCAGUUUAAUUCAGCCAUUAAUGACAAUGACAGUUUGAAUGCAAUUGAUAAAUUUAAUUAUUUGAAGAGAUACGUCGAAGGAACCGCUUUAUCAACUAUUUCUGGGUUAGAAUUGACGAACAGUAACUACGAAAAUGCUAUAGAGUUGCUUAGAAACCGUUUUGGCAACGAACAGGUGCUCAUUAACGCGCACAUGGAAGCCCUGUUGAAGAUUGAGUCAGUACGAUCAAUGGAUAACACCCAACAAUUGAGAAAACUUUAUAAUGAUGUUGAGAACUGUAUUCGAAAUUUGAAAAAUUUGAAGUAUAAUAGCGAAAUGCUGAGUUUAUUGAUUCCGGUUCUGAACGAAAGAAUUCCCAACGAAUUACGAAUGAUUAUUUCUAGAAACUUUGGAGAGGAGAAGUGGAAAAAAAUGUGUUUUCUGUCACGAUUCUCACUCUCCGUCGAGGUGUUCAAAAGUUACCAACGUACAAACACGUUCGCAAAUUAUGAAAAAGGAAGGGCGUUGCUUUUUAUGCUUGCAGCAUGGACACAUUUCAAAGAACUGUUGUUCAAAUUACAUAUGCAAUAG